GAAUUUAAAAUUAUUAAGAAUCGGUCAAGUUGUUGUGAAUUUUGAUAUAGCACUUGAUAAAAAUAGAAUAAUAUUUCAUGGCUCACCUGAUAAUAGUAUAAUAAAAAUUGUGAGAGGUAAAGUGAGACUUGAAGUGGCUGAUUUAUUAAAUGAUAUACCAUCAUCAUCACCAUUACCAGCAAAUCAAGGAACUAUAUUUUCAAGUUCCAUACUGUUAGAAAAUAAAGGAAUAUUAUUACCAGGGAUCCAUGAAUUUUAUUUCGAAUUUCUUUUACCAGGAGAUUUACCAGAAUCAACGAGUUCAGAUGCAAUUUCAUGUAAAUAUUUUCUUAAAGCAGAAUUAAUAACCAGACUUCCGGGUAAAUUGUCAACAGACAAUAACAAAUUAAUUGACAUUGUUGAUCUGUUGAUUGAAAGGGCUGUUUUAGAAACUGAUGAUAAUAUAAAAAGAGGAUUAAAGCCAACAAGAUUCAUCGAUGGGAUGGCUUUAAUAGAAGAUAUCGCAAAUAAUGAAUGUGUUGCUCACAAUGAAAAAUCAAUUUCUGGACCAUUUUAUUUCCAAUUACCAAAAAACGAACCGUUGAAACUUCAAAGUAGACCAAUGAUAUUUAAAUUACCAAUAUGUGAAUCGUUUGUAAACGAUUGUGAUUUAUUUAACAUUAAAAUAAGACAUCAAUUGAAUGUCAAAAUUCAAUUAAGCAACUUUGGUAAAGAUCAAGUUAAAUUCAGUAUUCCAAUUUCAAUAAAGUCAAUAAUACCCAAUUCAGAUACUUUGCCAUUAUCUCGUAAAAUUGAUCUUUCAAAUAGUGUUGCCUAUUUACAAUUGGGAAAUAAAAUAUAUACAAGUAAAUCAUCAAAAGGGGCCAAUAAAGUCAAUAGACGAUCCAUAUUUAAAUUAUCAUCAAUAAUAUUUAAAAAUAAUAAUGCUAAUAAUAGUAGUAAGAUUGAGAUCAGUAAUGAUGUAAAUAUUAGUACUGGUAGCAAUGUUAAAUCUUUGUCGAAUAUAUCAAAUAUUCAUAAGAAAAUGCUUCAAAUUUUAUCGAGAACAACUAGUAUUGGUCAAAAUAAAAGCUCGUUAUCAAAAAAAUCACCAUCGAUCAAUAAUGAAUCAAAAAUAUUGAAUGACAAUAACAAUAAAAACAUUAAUAGUAGUAGUAGUAACAGUAAUGAAUUCCCAAAACCAAAUUUUAUCACUUCACCAGCAAAUAUUACAGCUGAAAAAUUUUUCAAUUUGAAUGGUAGAUUUACGGCACAUUCGUUAAGAAUUGGUGACAUCACUGCAACCAUGAAUGGUGCUUUGAGCCUAUCACAAAUUAGAGCAGCUGGUGAUCCUGCUUCAAUGUCUUGGAAAAAUGAUAUUAGAGUCAUUGUCGGUUUAGACUUUGGCUGUACCUUCUCGGGAUUUAGUUAUGUUCAUACAUCUAAACAACAAGAAAUAAUCACCAACGAAACAUGGCCAGAUAUGAUUGGUCAAUUGAAAAUCAACACAGUUUUACAGUAUGAUUCGAAUUUUGAAACCGUCAAAAGCUGGGGUUUGUCGGCAUUGGCAAAGAAGCCAAGACGCAAAGGGAAGAAAAAGGAAGAGACACGGCCUGUAGAAUUAUUCAAGCUUCACUUAACCGAGAUGCCUUAUGUAUCCAAACCUUCACUCCCUCUUGAUUAUAAGAAAGUUGUCAGUGAUUAUCUUAAUAAAAUUGGACAAGAAAUAAAAAAACAAUUAGCUGAAAGAUGGGAAGGAAUAGAUUUCACCAAAAAUGUGUUAUUAAUUGCAACUGUUCCUGCUGAGUAUUCUGAAAAGGCAAAUGGUAUCAUGAGAGAAUGUAUCUACAAAGCUGGUUUGAUUUCUACUCUUGAAUCUCAAAAUUUGCAAUUUACUACUGAGCCUGAAGCUGCAGCUGUUUUUUGUUUAAAAAGUGUUCUUAACCAGCAUUCACUCGAAACACCUGGAACCGUUUUUAUGAUUGUGGAUUGUGGAGGUGGUACGGUUGACUUAACAACAUAUAAAUUGUGGAGAAAAGAUCAACUUGGUGAAACAGUUGAAAGAGCAGGUGAUUUUUGUGGAAGCUCAUUUGUUGACAAUAAAUUUAUCGAGUAUUUAGGUGAAGAGGUUGUUGGUAAAGAUGCAAUCAAUUCAUUGAAAAAAGAUCAUUAUGGACAAUUUCAAUUUUUGAUUCAAGCAUUUUGCAAAACUAUAAAGAAUACCUUUACUGGACGAGACCUUGAUCAUAAAUAUGAAAUGGAUCUUGAAGAAGUUUGUCCUGAUUUGAUAAAAUAUUUGAGAGGAUCAAAAAAAGAAGAGCUUGAAGAAAGUGAAUAUGUGAUUGAAUUGGAUUAUACCACAGUAAAAUCGUUUUUUGACCCAAUAAUCGAAAGAAUUAUUGAAAUGAUUAGGGUACAACUCGACAGUUCCAAAUGUGAUUGUUCGGCGAUAUUUUUAGUUGGAGGUUUUAGUCAAUCGAUGUAUUUACAAGUAAGAAUUAGAGGUGAAUUUUCAUGCAGAGUCCCAAAUAUUUCUGUUCCGAGCAAUCCAAUUGCAGCAGUUUGUCGUGGCGCUUCAAUUUAUGGACUCAGUUUGUUCAACAAUAAUUAUCUGGGAUUGUUUGACGGUGAUAAGUUUGUAAUAAAUAACAGAGUUCUAAAAUAUACCUAUGGUAUAGGUAUUUGCGCAAGAUGGAGAGAAGGUGAUCCACCGGAAAGAAGGUCGAGGGACAAUUAUAUAAGGAAGUUUGAACGUUUAGCAAAACAACUUUUUUAUAUUUUGGGUAAAUAA